GCUCAGUGACCUGGUUCCCCCCUCCCAGCACAGCCGUCCCGGAGCAGAGACCAUUGGUCCAGAGUAGAGACACCUGGUCCUGAGCCAGGACCCCAGCCUUGGUGUCCAGACCCCAGAUCCGGAGAAGAAAUCUUUUGUCUGGAGCAGGAACCCCAAAACAAGGCAGAUACCCCAGAGCAGAGACCCCAGAAUAUCCCCUUGCCCAGCCCCUUGGCUUUGCAGAGAUGACUGGCAAAACUGCACCUCCAGCCAAAAAACCAGCUCCAGCAGCGGCGAAGAAAAAGGCGGCAGCAGCCCCGAAGGAAGAAGCAGCCCCGAAGGAAGAAGCAGCCCCGAAGGAAGAAGCAGCCCCAGCCCCAGCUACUGAAGAGCCCCCAGCCCCUGAGCAUCCCCCAGAGCAGCCCCCAGCCCCCACAGAUGAACCUGCUCCCAUCCCCACGGAAGCCGGAGCAGAAGCGACUCCAGUGCCUGCAGAAGGUUCCCCAGAUCCCCCAGCUGAACUCCCGGCCCCAGCCCCUGAACCUGAACUGGAGAAACCAAAGGAAGAGCCACCCAGCUGUCCCUUGUCCCUGGCCGUGGAAGAAGUGACUGAAAACUCAUUCACACUGACCUGGAAAGCCCCAGAACAGCUGGGCCGGGCAGGCUUGGAUGGAUACGUGGUGGAGAUCUGCAAAGAUGGAAGUUCAGACUGGAAAGCUGUGAACCAGGAGCCUUUUCUUUCCACCCGCUACACAAUCCCAAACCUGAGCUCUGGGGACAGGAUCCACGUGCGGGUGACAGCUGUCAGUGCCAGCGGCGCCAGCGUCCCGGCCACUCUGGAGCAGCCCGUGCUCAUCAGGGAGAUCCUCCAGCUCCCGAAGAUCCGCAUGCCUCGGCACCUGCGGGAAACUUACAUCAGGCGUGUGGGGGAUGCUGUAAACAUCAUGAUCCCCUUUCAGGGAAAGCCACAACCCGAGGUGAGCUGGAGCAAGGGAGGGCAGCCCCUGGACACCAAGCGCAUCAACAUCCGGAACACGGCUCGCGACACCAUCUUCUACAUCCGCCAGGCCCAGCGCGGCGACUCGGGCAAGUACGAGCUCACCGUGCAGAUCAAUGGAGCGGAGGACAAGGCUACCCUGGACAUCCAGGUGGUUGAGCCACCCGGCCCUCCCCAGAACCUGAAGCUGGUGGAUGUGUGGGGCUUUAACGUGGCCCUGGAGUGGACCCCCCCCGUGGACAAUGGGAACUCUGAGAUCAAGGGCUACAGGGUGCAGAAGUCGGACAAGAAGAGUGGGAAAUGGUUCACGGUGCUGGAGCGCUGCACCCGCACCAGCUGCACCAUCUCCGACCUCAUCAUUGGCAACACUUACUCCUUCCGAGUGUUCUCCGAGAACAUCUGUGGGCUCAGUGACAGCGCUGCCGUAGCCUCUGGGGUGGCCUACAUCGAGAAGACAAAAACCACAUACCAGCCAGAGAAGAUCCCCCAGCGGGACAUGAUGGAGCCUCCAAAGUUCACACAGCCCCUGACGGACCGAACAACCACCCGGGGCUACAGCACUCACCUCUUCUGCUCUGUCCGGGGCUUCCCCCAGCCCAAAAUAAUCUGGUUGAAAAAUCAGAUGGAGAUCCGGGAAGAUCCCAAAUACAUAGCACUGAUUGAUCAGGGUGUGUGCUCCCUGGAAAUCCGCAAGCCUGGCCCUUUCGACGGGGGUGUCUACACCUGCAAGGCUGUGAACCCCCUGGGGGAAGCCUCAGUAGACUGCAGACUGGAUGUGAAAGUGCCCAAGUGAGGACAGAUGAAAGGACAAGACAAAGAGCAAGGAUUCGGAUCUCGUUCCUUUUCCCAGGUGGAUCCUGCAGGUGCCAGGCAGUGGUGGGGCAGGUGCUGAUGCCCCUGGCCAUAGUCUCUGCACACUGCUGGGCUGCCCCUCCCUGGCAGUGCUUUGGGGGCUGCACCUCAGCCUGCCAUGGCAGGGCCCUCUCUGAACCUGUCAUUGCCUGUGACAACGAAACAAACCCAGCUGAGGGGCUUUGGUCCUAAUAAAAGCCACCAAACUGC